CCAGAAUUCGGAGCGCGGAAGAGCCUGAGCGGCUGUCGGUCGUACUCGAGCCCGUCUCCCGCCGCGGACGCCGGGCGAGGAGACAGGGAAGAUGGUGGUCCUCCGCAGCAGCCUGGAGCUACAUAGCCACUCCGCCUCCUCGGCCACGGACCCUCUGGACCUGUCCAACGAGUUCCUCAGCCUGGAGCAGAUCGGCCGGAGGCGGCUCCGCUCGGCCCGUGUCGCUGAGCAGUCCGCCGUCACCGUAGCCGCCGCGGGCGAUGGGUCUUCAGUUAAAGAAGUUGAAACCUACCACCGGACACGUGCUUUAAGGUCUUUGAGAAAAAAUGCACAGAAUUCUUCAGAUUCUAGUUUUGAUAAGAAUAUGGAAAUAACAGAGAAACAUGCUAAUGGAAGGCAUUUUACAAGGCAGUUGGCCAGACAGCAGGCUGAUAAGAAAAAAGAAGAGUGCAAAGAAGACAAAGUGAUUCCAGUUACUCGGUCAUUGAGGACUAGAAACAUUGUUCAAACUAAAGAACACUUGCAUGAAGAGAAUGGUGACGUUGAAGUUCGCCGCAGUUGCAGGAUUAGAAGUCGCUAUAGUAGUGUGAACCAGUCUGUGCUGUUUGACAAACUUAUAACAAACACUGCCGAAGCUGUACUUCAGAAAAUGGAUGACAUGAAGAAGAUGCGUAGACAGCGAAUGAGGGAACUUGAAGACUUGGGAGUGUUCAAUGAAACAGAAGAAGGGAAUCUUAAUAUGUACACGAGAGGAAAACAAAAAGGUAUUCAAAGAACGGAUGAGGAAACAACUGACAAUCAAGAAGGCAGUGUGGAAUCAUCUGAAGAGGGUGAGGACCAAGAAGAUGAAGAUGAUGGUGAAGAUGAUGAAGAUGAAGAUGAUGAAGAUGAAGAGGAUGGGGAAGAAGAUAAUCAGAAACGAUAUUAUCUUAGACAGAGAAAAGCUACUGUGUACUACCAGGCUCCACUGGAAAAACCUCGUCACCAGAGAAAGCCCAACAUAUUUUAUAGUGGCCCAGCUUCUCCUGCAAGACCAAGAUACAGAUUAUCUUCUGCUGGACCAAGAAGUCCUUACUGUAAACGAAUGAACAGGCGAAGGCAUGCAAUCCACAGUAGUGACUCUACUUCAUCUUCCUCUUCUGAAGAUGAACAACACUUUGAGAGGCGAAGAAAAAGGAGCCGUAAUAGAGCUAUCAACAGGUGCCUCCCGCUAAAUUUUCGGAAAGAUGAAUUAAAAGGAAUUUAUAAAGAUAGAAUGAAGAUUGGAGCAAGUCUUGCAGAUGUUGAUCCAAUGCAACUAGAUUCUUCAGUACGAUUUGAUAGCGUUGGUGGCCUGUCUAAUCAUAUUGCAGCUCUAAAAGAGAUGGUGGUGUUUCCAUUACUUUAUCCAGAAGUCUUUGAAAAAUUCAAAAUUCAACCUCCAAGAGGUUGUUUGUUUUAUGGUCCACCUGGAACUGGAAAAACUCUGGUUGCCAGAGCACUUGCCAAUGAGUGCAGUCAAGGGGAUAAGAGAGUAGCAUUCUUCAUGAGGAAAGGUGCUGAUUGUCUGAGUAAAUGGGUAGGAGAGUCUGAAAGACAACUACGAUUACUAUUUGAUCAGGCUUAUCAGAUGCGCCCAUCCAUUAUUUUUUUCGAUGAAAUCGAUGGUCUGGCACCAGUACGAUCAAGCAGGCAAGAUCAAAUUCACAGUAAUAAUACGGCUCGAAAAGAAAUUCUUAAGAUUCACACAAGAGAUUGGAAUCCUAAACCACUGGACGUAUUUCUAGAAGAACUAGCAGAAAACUGUGUUGGAUACUGCGGUGCAGAUAUUAAGUCGAUAUGCUCUGAGGCUGCUUUAUGUGCUCUGCGUCGACGCUACCCACAAAUCUAUACUACUAGUGAGAAACUACAGUUGGAUCUCUCUUCAAUUAACAUCUCGGCUAAGGAUUUUGAGGUAGCUAUGCAAAAGAUGAUACCAGCUGCCCAAAGAGCUGUGACAUCACCUGGGCAGGCAUUGUCCACUGUUGUGAAACCUCUCCUGCAAAGCACCGUUCACAAGAUCUUAGAAGCCCUGCAGAGAGUAUUUCCACAUGCAGAAAUCAGAACAAAUAAAUCAUUAGACUCAGAUAUUUCAUGUCCUCUGCUAGAAAGUGACUUGGCAUACAGUGAUGAUGAUAUUCCAUCUGUAUAUGAGAAUGGGCUUUCUCAAAAAUCCUUUAAGACAAAAGAAAAUUUUAAUUUUCUUCAUUUGAAUAGAAAUGCAUGUUAUCAACCUAUGUCUUUUCGACCAAGAAUAUUGAUAGUGGGAGAACCAGGCUUUGGGCAAGGUUCUCAUUUGGCACCAGCUGUCAUCCAUGCUUUGGAAAAAUUUGCAGUAUAUACAUUAGACAUUCCUGUUCUUUUUGGAGUCAGUGCUACAUCUCCUGAAGAAACGUGUGCCCAGAUGAUUCGUGAAGCUAAGAGAACAGCACCAAGUAUAGUGUAUGUUCCUCAUAUCCACUUGUGGUGGGAAAUAGUUGGACCAACACUCAAAGCCACAUUUACUACGUUGUUACAGAAUAUUCCUUCAUUUGCUCCAGUUUUAUUACUUGCAACUUCUGACAAACCCCAUUCUGCUCUCCCAGAAGAGGUGCAAGAAUUAUUUAUCCGUGAUUAUGGAGAAAUUUUCAAUGUCCAGUUACCUGGUAAAGAAGAACGAACAAAAUUUUUUGAAGAUUUAAUUCUAAAGCAAGCUGCUAAGCCUCCUUUAUCAAAAAAGAAAGCAGUUUUGCAGGCCUUGGAGGUCCUCCCUGUAGCACCACCACCUGAGCCAAGACCACUGACAGUAGAAGAAGUGAAACGACUAGAAGAACAAGAAGAAGAUACAUUUAGAGAACUGAGGAUUUUCUUGAGAAAUGUUACACAUAGGCUUGCUAUUGACAAGCGAUUCAGAGUAUUUACUAAACCUGUUGACCCUGAUGAGGUUCCUGAUUAUGUCACUGUGAUAAAGCAACCAAUGGACCUUUCAUCUAUAAUCAGUAAAAUUGAUCUCCACAAGUAUCUGACUGUGAAAGACUAUUUGAGUGAUAUUGAUCUAAUCUGUAGUAAUGCUUUAGAAUACAAUCCAGAUAGAGAUCCUGGAGAUCGUCUUAUUAGGCAUAGAGCCUGUGCUUUAAGAGAUACGGCCUAUGCAAUAAUUAAAGAAGAACUUGAUGAAGACUUUGAGCAGCUUUGUGAAGAAAUUCGGGAAUCUAGAAAGAAGAGAGGUUGUAGCUCGUCCAAAUAUGCCCCAUCUUACUAUCAUGUGAUGCCAAAGCAAAAUUCCACCUCUGCUGGUGAUAAAAGAUCAGAUCCAGAGCAGAAUGAAAAACUCAAGACAACUAGUACUCCUGUGGCUUGUAGUACUCCUGCUCAGUUGAAGAGAAAAAUCCGCAAAAAGUCAAAGUGGUACUUAGGCACCAUAACAAAACGAAGGAAGAUUUCACAGGUGAAAGAUGAGAGCCAGAAUGUCACAGAUGACAAAAUUGAGAGUGAUACAGAGGAAAAUCAAGAUACAAGUGUAGACCACAAUGAGACUGGAAACACAGGAGAGUCCUCAGUGGAAGAAAAUGAGAAGCACCAAAAUGCCUCUGAAAGCAAAAUAGAAUUGGGGCAUAAUAAUUCAAGUAUUUGUGGUAUUGAAAAUGAACAUGAAGAAUCUGGGAAGACCACAGCAUGCACAGAAGUGAAGAAAGAUAAAAUUGUUUGCAAUGGAGAUGCUUCUGGCUGUCAGAUAAUAGAUAUUUCUGAUGAAAAUGAAGCAAAAGAAAUGUGUGUUCUGCGAAUGACUCGAGCUAGACGUUCCCAAGUAGAACAACAGCAGCUCAUCAGUGUUGAAAAGGCUUUGGCAAUUCUUUCCCAGCCUACACCCUCACUUGUCGUGGACCAUGAACGAUUAAAAAAAUGGGAAAGUCAGCCCAAAAUUCACAAUGGAAUUGCAGGGGACCCUGAAUAG